CGAAUCGUUCUGCAUAUAGAUCCCAACUACAUAUGAAUAAUUUAAAGGUCAUAAAAUCUAUGCCGGAAAUAUGUAAAGCUUCCAUGUUUAAGUGUUACCCUCAGCCAAUGAUAUGCCAUGCAUAAAGUGCAUUAUAAUUCAUGAAACCCAUCAAAUCCAUGGCUAGAAUAUUCAUUAAAUAAAUUAUCACCAGAGAUGCAAACGCCCGAUGAAAAAUGUAAACAUUGAAUUGAUUUUCUAACGCGUAAACGGAACGCAUUGAAAUGCGUUGGGUAUGUCGACAUUUUGUCGUUCUUCUUCUUGUUCUUCGCAUUCAACUCGACGGCAAUUGACAGCUCUCACGAAACGCACCACAAACCGAUCGUUUCGUUUGUGGUCAAAAUGUGCGUGUGUAUUGAAAUACAAACGAUAUAAAUGCCGAAACGUUGUAUGUGGCGUUGUAUGCCUGUGACGUAUCAUACAGAUCGAAGUCGCGACACCAAGUGCCUGUGUACACCAAUACACAUGCAUACGGCAAACCGAAUUGUCAGAAUCGUGUGCAAGAGGCACACAACGCGUUUUACAAAACAGCUGAGUGGCCGCUGAUUCAAUGUAGUAUGCACACACAAACUUGACUCGUACAACACACACACACACACACACACACACGCAACGGAACACAGUACAGUGUUGAAUGCGUGAAUUUUCAAUGGAUGUUGUGUGUUUUUUGAAAUUGAGUGUGUUUCUUUUUCUCUCACUCUCUUUCUCUGUAUACGUUCGGUUGUUUGAAUUUUCAUCUGUCAAUAUUUCGGACUGCGUUCACGCUCACUCACUUUUGUCUCGCGUGAAGACAUCAGAGCCACAAGAGAGCUAAGCAGUGAAAACGAAAGAAAGACAGGAAAGAAAAGAGAGAAGGAGAAAGAGAGAGAGAGAGAGAGAGAGAGAGAGAGAGAGAAUAAAAACGAGCAGUACCAUUAACAGCAGACCGCAGAAGAACACAGACGAGAACUGUAGAGAAGAGAAAGAAAAUCAAUUGUGUAUAUUUCAUUCCACCAUCGAAGUUCAACGGAGUACAUAAUUUUUUCUUCGUUUCUGUGUGCAUUUUCAUAUAUACAUAUGAACGAAGAGAAAAAAAAGCGAGAGCAAUUUUUUGCGUCGACGGAAACUAAAUUGAAAAAAAAAACAGUGUGUAAAUGAUUGUAUGUGUGUGUUGUCUAUCAAAAGGGACGAAUGAGUAGAACCUUUUUUUCUCCGACACAAGAAGAAGAACUUCGGGACGACGACGAGAAAAAAAACACAAGAGAAAAGAAAAACGCCACCAGAAUCGGACUCGAUCGACUGAACGUGUUAUUUUCGAGGGAUCGAAAUCCUCACAUUGUUUUUCUUUUAUUUAAAAAAAAAUUACGGACCACAAGGUGAAUCGAAUGAACGACAAGGCACUGAUUGCAAACAACACAAUUCAUUAGAUCCAAGAGAAUCACAUCGACUGAAAUUGAUACUAGAUAAACGACAGAAUCAAGGAGGCAAGCAUAAGAUACAUAAAUUAUGAACGCUUCAUGCGAACAUUUUAGCGAGUACUUUAAAGAAUUUGGACCAACUGCUUUCAAUGUCAUCCAUGGAAUAUUCAGUACGUGCGUAUCGCAAGAGGCGCGACGACAAAAGGCAUUAUCAUGUUUAUGUUACACAUGCGGUAGCUCUGGACCGCAGCUCUAUUCCUGUCUGCACUGUAUACACUUUGGAUGCAGAGGCCCACACAUAAUGGAACACUUGGAAACAAAACGACACAAUAUUGCACUUGAACUAGGCUUUGGUAUGAUCUAUUGUCAUGCGUGCCGUGACUUUGUUUACGAUCCCGAAUGUUAUGCAAUGGCAGAGAAACACUUACGAAAAGAAGCCAGGAGUUUAAAUAAAAGCAUUUCAUGGCGACCAUGGACAACAACUAGCAAUAGCAUCGAUGCAUUACUUCAGUAUCCACGACGGCGAUACAUGAGCUCAUUGACAACGAUCGGUUUGCGUGGCUUACUGAAUUUGGGCUCCACCUGUUUCAUGAACUGCAUUUUUCAAGCGCUUAUUCAUACACCAUUACUUCAUCGUUAUUUUAUAUCGGAACGGCAUGAGUGCUCACCAAAAAUGUCGGCCAGAUGUUUGGUAUGCGAAAUAUCGCGUCUAUUUCAGGAAUUUUAUUCGGGCGCCAAAGGUCCGAUUUCGUUGCAUCGUUUGUUACAUUUAAUUUGGAAUCAUGCACGACAUUUAGCCGGCUAUGAGCAACAAGAUGCCCAUGAAUUUUUUAUCGCCACACUCGAUAUAUUGCAUCAUCAUUGUAAAAAUGCACAGACUGCCAGUGAAAAAGAGAAAGACAAACGUGACGGAUUGGCAACGAACAAUCCGACCAAAUGUAGUUGCAUUAUCGAUCAAAUAUUUACGGGACGAUUACAGAGUGAUGUGGUGUGUCAAUCGUGUCAGGGUGUAUCGACAACGAUCGAUCCAUUCUGGGAUAUAUCGCUUGAUUUGGGCGAAGUACAACAGGGUUGUGGCCCACCAAAAUCGUUAAUUGACUGCCUUGAACGUUUUACACGCGCCGAACAUCUCGGUUCAAGCGCCAAAAUUAAAUGCUCCUCAUGCAAAACGUAUCAAGAAUCAACGAAACAAUUGUCAAUGCGUACGCUGCCAAUUGUGGCCAGUUUCCAUUUGAAACGUUUCGAACAUUCCAGUUCAGUGAAUAAGAAAAUUUCAACGUUUAUUUCAUUUCCGUCCGAAUUGGAUAUGACACCGUUUAUGGCGCAACGCAUUGACGAUCGCAGCGGUGAUUGCCGAUACUCACUGUAUGCCGUCAUAAAUCACAUUGGAUCACUCGAUAUUGGUCACUACACCGCCUAUGUUCGGCAUCACAAAGAUGUCUGGGUUAAAUGUGAUGAUCAUAUUAUUACGUUGGCUACACUAAAACAAGUAUUAGAUAGCGAAGGAUACAUGUUGUUCUAUCACAAGAAAAUUCUCGAGUUCGAGUGAAUCACAUACAUUGCUGGGAUUGGCGAUUGAUCGAAUUCGGAGCUCUCUUUUUCCUCUACAUUUUUUCAUUUGUUUUAUCUGUUUUAUCGUCCCUUGAACGUUAUUCUGUUUGUUCAUUUGUCAUCGUAACAACAACAACAAACAAAACAAAAAACACUUAUCUAUUCUAGCUAAUUUAUCUAUUUUACCGACUAUUCUUCCGCUGACUGUACAAAGGCUGCGCAGCAAAAGACAAGAACGAAACAAUUAAUUGAUCCAUUAUUUUUUUUCGGGGAAAUUGGAACAAUGAUAUUUACACAAUAAUGUCAAGACAAAUGAAAAAUUAAAAGAAAACACAACAAAAAUAUGGAACAAAUUCAUAAUGAGAAUUUGGACACAACAGAGAAGAAAACAAUUAAUAAUAAAAUAGUUGCGAAUUUUUGACGUGGUUUUCACCGAAUUGUCGUCUAUGGAUAGAAAUGAAUAAGAAAACAAUGUCUGAACCGCUUUUGCAGCGUAUCCAUUGAUUCUUUUAAUUCAAACGCUAAACUUAUACCUAAAUGUGAUUUUUCUACAUCAAUACACGAAAUUCUCACACAGAGUAUACAUGCAAAAUACAUGCGAAACAUGUAAAAGUGCAUAAACAAAACAUAUUAAAUGAGAAUGAAUUCAAUUCUUUUUUUUUAUUGAUAUUUAUUUUUUUUAAACUAUUGUUUACUAUCAUUAACUUGAUGCGACAUUAGAUUUUGUAAUCUCGUAAAAUUUAGAAAAUGAAGAAAUAUCCAUCGAAUCCA